AUUGUGUCACAAGUGAGUCAACUGUUAGCGCCGUUCUUGGGCAUUUAAGAGACACAUUUUCAGCGCUGUCCAAGCCUGGUUUUGGUGGAAUUUUUUCUUUUUUUUUUUUGCUCUGAAACUCCUCACAACUCUCCAACUAAGUCUUACCGCUGUCCUUGAAUAUUUAAGACACGUUCCAGUGCUUUCCAAAUAUUGGUUAUCCAAGAUAGAGCGAAAUAACUCACCAUACCUCUCCAACCGAAUCGUGGAUGUCUGUAGCCGUUAUGACAGCUAAAACAAAACUGUCCGGCUGGCCAGACUACACAGCCGAGGACUUCCCCCUGUUAGAACAGUCUAAACUGGGACAUCUCGGAUCCAGAACCUGGGUAACAUCUCCAGGAGGGCAGUCUCCAUACUCACCCAGAGAUACGGGCCAUUACGCACACAGCGGCUCCAUGGAUCUCUCACUGGAGAAACUCAUGUCGGUGAGUAAACUAACGAACAGUGGUGUCACGAUAGAGAUGGACCUGGAUACAGUAGCAGGGGACCAGGGAGAGGAAGGUAACGGUAAGCAGCAGGGCCACCACCCGGGCCCGCAGAAACACCGGCGCGUCGCAGCUAACGCCAGAGAGAGGCGGAGGAUGCACGGGCUGAACAAGGCGUUUGACACGUUGCGGAGCGUGAUCCCGUCCGACAAUAACAAAUUGUCCAAGUAUGAUACUCUUCAAAUGGCUCAGAUCUACAUCCAGGAGCUUUCGGAGCUGCUCACCGGGGCGGUGAAGCCAGAGGGUCGGGUCGGGUCUCGGAGUGGAUGUGCCUCACCGGACAUAGACCACACCAUCCCGGCUAGGAGGAACCUGCUGGGGUCUUUCUCUCCAGAGCCCCGGGGGAGCGGUGGUGGGAUGACUGGGGUCAGCUACACCCUGCAGGACUCCCCCUCCCCGCAGCCUCAGAACAAGAGACUGGUCGGAGACCAGGAGAACACUGACCCCGUCGGUCACCUCAUCAUUCUGUCUGCGCCUAAAACUGAUCUAGGAUCGGGGAAUAAGAGGAUGUCUGACACUCCUAACGGGAGUGAUGGAGAGUCGUCGCAUUACAGUGACUUUGAGGACGGACAGGCCGGCAGACAGUGACAUUUUAGAGUCUGAAUGUCACAACAGGAACUCUUAUAGGAGACGUUUUAAUAUGGAUUGCUCAAUAUUUUAUAUAAACUGUGUGUUUUAGAAGACAUAAUAAUGGACACCAAAUAGAGCCACGUAGCCCACCUUGAAAUGUUGAAUAAUGUUCUGGUUUAGAUCGAGACGGUAGUCUCGGUAGUCUAGGCCUACUCUCGGCUUGUCUCAUCAUGCCAUAUUUAUUUAUUAGAUAUGGACACCAGGGUUGGGGGUCAAUUCCGUUUUCAAUUCAGGAAGUACACUGAAAUUCCAACUCUAAUUCUCUCCAAUGGGAAACAUUGGAAUCAGAAUUUGGUUUACUUUCUGAGUUGACUGGAGUUUAAAGGGAAUGUUCCCCAAACCCUGCUUGUAGUCCCCCCAUCUUGAAAAGUUGAAUGUUGUUCUGGGUUAGAUUAAAACGGUAGUCUAGACUACAUUUAGACAAGAACACGAACAUCCCAGUGAGCACAAGAUGUUGAAAAUUAGUAUUUUCAACAUCUUUUACUCAUAAGGAGGGAUGUUUCAUCAUGCCACAUUUAUUUAUUAGAUAUCGACACUGCAAAAUAAAAAAGACCUAGCCUACUGUGUGAUAUUGUAGACUUUAUUAUGUAUUUAAACAAGGCCUUGUAAUAUGACUUCUCAUAGGGCCUUUCCUUCGUUUAUUGCACUUUAUUGACUAAAUAAGUCCGGAACAUUUGGUUUCACUGUCUGACUGCAUUUAUAUCUAACAAUCAAAAAAUAAAAACAUAACUUUGAUAUUUAUGUAUUGUUAUUUUGUAUUCUUGCAAGAAUAGUUUUUGAUGCAAUAAAUACAAUUUUGUAUUUGGUGGAUACAUUUUUCGAAAGUUUUUUCUAAUUUCUCCAGGAUAAUUCACUCUCUGCCUGAUUUUAAUUUCAACACUGUAUAUUCAAAGGGCUUUAUUGGCAUGGGAAUCAUAUGCAUAACCUACUCUUAGUCAACUCAAUAUGUUGUUUCAAUAUAUUUUAAUUUAAUGCAAGAGAUACAUCCGUAAUAUGUAAAUGCACACACACAACACGAUGUAGGCCUACACCGAGUACUGCUGGUUGUUUCUCUAGUAGCAUUUCUUGUGAACAGACUACAUAGCAUAAAUGGUAUUGUUCUGGGUUGCUGAGAUUAGACAGGGAUAGAGUCCUAGUAGUGGUAAUUACAGCCACGGUCUCUUGUCUUCACUG